AUGCUGGGGACAGAAAUGUUAAUCGAGAUAAACACUUUCAUCAGAGAUGCUGGGGACAGAAAUGUUAAAGUCGAGAUAAACACUGACAUCAGAGAUGCUAGGGACAUAAAUCUUAAAGUCGAGAUAAACACUGAUAUCAAAGAUGCUGGGGACAGAAAUGUUGAAGUCGAGAUAAACACUGACAUCAGAGAUGCUAGGGACAUAAAUCUUAAAGUCGAGAUAAACACUGAUAUCCGAGAUGCUGGGGACAGAAAUGUUGAAGUCAAGAUAAACACUGACAUCAGAGAUGCUAGGGACAUAAAUCUUAAAGUCGAGAUAAACACUGAUAUCAAAGAUGCUGGGGACAGAAAUGUUGAAGUCAAGAUAAACACUGACAUCAGAGAUGCUAGGGACAUAAAUCUUAAAGUCGAGAUAAACACUGAUAUCGGAGAUGCUGGGGACAGAAAUGUUAAAAUCGAAGUAAACACUAACAUCAAAGGUGCUAGGCACAUAAAUGUUAAAAUCGAAGUAAACACUAACAUCAGAGAUGCUAGGAACAGAAAUGUUAAAGUCGAGGACAGAAAUGUUAAAAUCGAGAUAAACACUGAUAUCAGAGAUGCUGGGGACAAAACUGUUAAAGUCGAGAUAAACACUGAUAUCCGAGAUGCUGGGGACAGAAAUGUUGAAGUCGAGAUAAACACUGACAUCAUAGAUGCUGGGGACAAAAAUGUUAAAGUAGAGAUAAACACUGAUAUCAGAGAUGCUGGGGACAGCAAUGUUAAAGUCGAGAUAAACACUGACAUCAGCGAUGACGAGGACAGAAAUGUUGAGGUCGAGAUAUACACACUUUUAUCAGAGAUGACAUAA